AUGCCGCUAGCCGGAUGGUCAGCUCUUGCUCACCGUACGGGACAGUGGCCGCCACGAGCGAGAUAUUUGCGUGAUCUGCUGCGCGAGGCGAUGACGAUGACAGGGGUCGGGUCGCUCGACCGACCAACCGACCGACCGACCGACGGAGUGGCGCCGUUGGCCGCCUGUGCAGGGCAGGUCGCCGCUGCGGCGAAUGAGCGAGUGUCCGGUCCGUCGGCCGGUUGUCCGAUCUCUGUUGACCACUGCGCCGUGGCACUGAACAAAGACGGUCGUGAGAUCGUCGCUGCUCGCUGCUCGCUGCUCGGCGGUGGUCCGAUCAGCCAGACGCGAUGA